GAAAGACAAAAAAAAUAAAUAAAUAAAAAUUAAAAAAAAAAAAAUAAAGCAGGAGAAUUUAGAGCAGCUACUUAAAGCCUCUUGAUUGUACCAUGCUGCUUGCUUUCCCAGAGCACACUGAGACCUAGAACAUCUAUGAUCCUUCCCCCUAAACUGCUGCCCCAUGGUCUUUGCAAAUAAUUAAGUCCUAGGCCUGUGGUAGUGGCAAGUAGAUAGAACACGUUGGGUCACCAAGGGAUUAUUCCUUUCCUACAGUAUUCUAUGUCCACCUGCCUUGGAGUAAACUUUUACUAAGGCAAGUAGGCCCUGACAUUGGUACUCUGCAAUUUUGUUUCAAAUUUCCUAAACCCUGGGAGUUCUCUUGUGGCAAAGCAGGUUAAGGAUCUGGUAUUGUCAAUAUAGCAGCUUGGGUUGCUGCUGUGGCCUGGGUUUGAUCCCUGGCUGGGGAACUUCCACAUGCCACGAGAGUGGCCAAAAAAAAAAGAAAGGAAAAAGACAAUUUCCUAAAUCCUCUUCCUUACCAUUAGGGUGCCAGCAAGGAAGUCAGUCCACAGCAACUGGAUUCUUUUUCAGGAUUUUUCCCCUGGUUUGAGGUGAGGAGAAAGGAGCCUAGAGGAACUUACUUGUUUGUCUUUCCUAAGUAUAGGGCACGGGGAGGAAGUAGGGGAGAGAGCCUCUUUUUUACCGUCCAGUGAAAACCUCAGGGCUCUCAGGGCCCACACUACAGGCAAGGUAGAAACAAAGACCUUGAGCCUUCUGUGGCUUCUCAACUAUAAGAAUGAACUCCCACUCUUCUGGAGGCACAGCCAGGAAGCCUGCCCUGGCUGAUACCAAUUCUCCAGGGUCCCAGCUUGAGUCUUCCCUCUUUUGGCUCUGGUGUUUGUCUCUUGUUUCUGUGAAAGACUGGGAGAAAAAAACCUCUAAGUUCCAAACUGUCAGACUUGACAACAAGUGCAGGGAGAAAGGUAAACAGAACUGUUUAUUUUCUUAGCUUGCCCGCAGAGCAUCCCCUCUAAAAAAUUAUCUUUUCAUGUCUAAUCCUUGCAAAGGUUUCCAUUCUGGUCAUUAAAAAAAAUAGGAGAAUAAGAAUUAGGAAUUCUGGUUCUGCUGCCACUUAACUUGGCUGGAUCUGGACUGGGCCUGGGGCCCAGUGACUCAGGAGGAGGGUGGGGAGUUUCGAGGGAGCUGUGAGUCAUGGAUGUGAGCUCCAUCACAAAAGUUGGGCACAUUUUCCCCCAUUUUGGGCAAAAGCCUUCCUAUCCCACUUUUCCUGGGUGCUCUGCCUCCUUGAACAGGGCCUUAUGAAUAGAAAGAGACCGGCAGAAGGGCUGAAGCAGAAUGGAAAUUUAGAGACAUAAAGAAUUCUAGGUUCCUGAAUUAAAACAUAUCCCUGUCACAGGAGCCCUUGGGGCCCCUCUAAUGAAAACGAAAGAACAUAAAGAGAAAGAAGACUAUCAUUUCUCAGUGGAAAGAGUUAAGACCCCACUUCAGGACCUUUUCGUCUGCCCUGGCAUGAAGGAGGCUUCCUGGGCUUCUGGUCUAUGGAGCUCUGGUUUGCAAGGCAUGGCCAGGGUCCAGCUGAGCCCAGGAGCUGCACGGAAUGGUGGCAGUCACCUUGCCAGUGCAGCAGGCAUGGACCACACUGCAAGCUAGGAGAGCAAGGCAUCAGUCCGGAAGAGGGAACACACAGCUAGGCUUAAGGCCUCUGCAUCGGGAUGUCCCCAGGCCCCCCAGCCCAGGCCCAGCAUAAAGGCUGUGUGGGGGGGCCCCCCUGACCCAAGGGGGGGCUUCAUGCGCCACGUGCAGGCGGAGCUGUCUUCAUCCUCAGAGCCAGAGCCUGGCCCUUCACAGCCUGCAGUCAGGCAGGGGGCCCUCCAGGGUGGCCUGCUCAUGGGCUACAGCCCAGCAGGGGGGGCGACAUCCUCCGGGGUCUACCAGGUAUCCAUCUUUUCCCCUCCAGCUGGUGCCUCCGAGCCCCAUAGGGCCCUGAAACGGCCAGCCCCACCCACUGAGGGUCCCCGGGAGCUGAAGAGAGGCCCUGGGCUGGGGGCCAGAGAGGGACUACCCCCUGAAGAACUAUCUACUGUGGGGCUAUUGGGCCCAGAGGGACUGGGUGUGGCCAGCCAACAUUUCUGCCAUCAUGGCCUCCAUGUUGUGGAACAGGGAGGUAGCUCCACCUCACCUUGGACUUCCGGGGCCUGGAGUCCCCCCUGUCCCCCAUCAAAUGCUUCCUGCAAUACUUUGCACACCAGAGACUGGGCUUCCCCAGAUCCAGGGGGACAGGGGUCCCUGGGGGAGUCCCCAGGGCCAGCCCCUCCGGGCCAGCUGCACACACUUGACACUGAUUUGCACAGUCUUGCACAAACAGGGGGUAAGAGCCUAGUGGUUGGGGUGGGCAACAGGAGCAGCCCCUGGCCUAGGGAGUCCCCUGGCACUGCCAAUGGGCAUAGCCCCGAGCACACACCCCCUGGCCCUGGACCUCCAGGCCCCUGCCCCACCAAGCGAAGGCUGCUUCCUGCUGGAGAAGUCCUGGAUGUCAGCUCUGAGGAUGAGGGGCCAGCCCCUCGGAGGCGCCGGGGAACCCUGGGCCACCCUCCUGCUGCCAACAGUUCUGAUGCCAAAGCCACACCCUUCUGGAGUCACCUGCUGCCUGGGCCCAAGGAGCCUGUGCUGGACCCAACAGAUUGCAGUCCCGUGGGGCGGAGGCUGAAAGGUGCCCGCCGCCUGAAGCUGAACUCCCUUCGAAGCCUCCGGAAGGGGCCAGGCCUGCUGAGCCCCCACAGUGCCUCCCCUGUUCCUACCCCUGCCGUCAGCCGUACCCUGUUGGGCAACUUUGAGGAAUCACUGCUGCGAGGACGCUUUGCACCAUCUGGCCACAUCGAGGGCUUCACAGCAGAGAUUGGAGCUAGCGGAUCCUACUGCCCUCAGCAUGUCACGCUGCCUGUCACCGUCACCUUCUUUGAUGUUUCCGAGCAAAAUGCCCCGGCCCCCUUCCUGGGCGUCGUGGACCUGAACCCCCUGGGGAGGAAGGGUUACAGCGUGCCCAAGGUGGGCACCAUCCAAGUGACCUUAUUUAACCCCAACCAGACUGUGGUGAAGAUGUUCCUUGUGACCUUUGACUUCUCGGACAUGCCUGCUGCCCACAUGACCUUCCUGCGCCACCGCCUCUUUUUGGUGCCUGUGGGUGAGGAGGGAAAUGCUAGCCCCACCUGCCGCCUCCUCUGCUACUUGUUGCACCUCAGGUUCCGGAGCUCCCGCUCAGGCCGCUUAAGCCUACAUGGAGACAUCCGCCUGCUUUUUUCCCGCCGGAGCCUGGAAUUGGACACAGGGCUCCCCUACGAACUGCAGGCUGUGACUGAGGCCCCUCACAAUCCACGUUAUUCACCUUUGCCCUGAUUGCCAGUGCCCUGAACCCAUGUGGGCCAAGGACCUGCCCAACCUGCUUCAUCCUGGACAGAGCAAACACGUGGAGAGGUGGCGAGAGACCCUUCAGGCUUGAAUUAAAGCCCUCGCCAUGCUCAUGCCCAAAUUGAUUAUUUGGGUGUUUAAAACUUCUGAUCUUACCAUACUCUGCCCUACUCUGAGUACUCCAUGUGCCUGCCCCCUCCCUUGGGUUUCCCAGGCCAGCUGAGGUAGCAGGGAGGAACUGGAGCUACCCCGAGAUUGUCCUAAGUUCCCAGGCAAGUCAUGCCAGCGUUGCCUCCCUGUCCUGGGCAGGGGCCACUUAUUAUUUAAUUUAUUUUUAAUUUAUAAUUUAUUCAAAUUGGAUUGCCUUGGUAACCUCCCAAACCUGAUAAUUGGCAUUGCCCCCUCCCCCUUUCCCACUCUCAGAUAUUGCUCCAACCUCAGGAGUUGAAGAGGCUGUUAUGGGGGCUGUCGGAGAACUGCUGUCCCUCAGCUGAGAGCAGAGAAGUUAUCCCAGAAGGACUGAGUCACUAGCCAAAAACUCAGCUUCCUCUGUCCCUCCCUAUUCCUUUCACUUCCCCUACCCUCUCACCUCUUUCUGAAAGCCAACUUGUGUGUGUGUGUGUGUGUGUGUGUGUGUGUGUGUGUGUGUGUGUGUGUGUGGUAUGUGUGUGAGAAACAGCGUUUAUGGAUGUGUGCACACACAGGGGUUAACCACCCCUCAUCUAGGACUCCAGACUCCCAGCUGUCCCUCUCUUCUUGUCUGUAUCUCCUUGCUUUGGGGUCCUGACUGAGGAAGGUAUUCAGGGGGCAGAGUCAGGGCCAAGGAAUGGAGUGCCUCCUCUCAUCUGGCCAGACUCUGACCCACCUACCUCAGCUGGGGCGAGGGGCACCCCUUAAACUCAGUCAUGUAGUUACCAACUACCCCAUUCUCCACUCCAGACUCUGAACCAGCCUUAGCUCUGAUGCCUGGGGCUGGGCUGAGGGGAACAAGCAUUUGCUGAAACUUGAAAAAAAAACAGGAAAAAAUUGUACCUGGUACUUUUUUUAGGAAAAAAAAAAAAGAAUAAAUUGUUUGGAAACUUGA